CACUGCAGCUGCCAUGGAUAUCAGCUAACAACACACACCCAGGGCGCGCGCGCUCCCACUCGCCGCGCGCAGGAGUGGCCCCCGGCAUCCCUACCCUCCUUCCCCACCCCCACCCGGCCGCUCACCAGCUCGGCUCCGGCUGCCGCCGCCGCCACAGCUCUCCUCCGCCGCGGGGCCACAGCCCUGAGUGUCAUUCCGGGGCCGGCACCACCUCCCCGAGCUCCCUUACCUCUGCCCAGCCGCCCCUCGCAUCCUCCCCCUUCCUCGUCCACACUCCAUCCAAAGAAGAGGCAAAGCACCGAGCAGAGAGGGAGGGAGCAAAGUCUGCUCCUGUCACCUCUGGCCCCCCUCGCUCCUCCAUCCUCAUUCUCUCACACCAACCCCUCCAGCCCAAAGGAACCCCUCAGGAGCUGAGGCGACUCACCCCACUGCCAUGUCCAAAAGCUUGAAAAAGAAAAGCCACUGGACUAGCAAAGUCCACGAGAGUGUCAUUGGCAGGAACCCAGAGGGCCAGCUGGGCUUCGAACUGAAGGGGGGCGCGGAGAACGGACAGUUCCCCUACCUGGGGGAGGUGAAGCCAGGCAAGGUCGCCUAUGAGAGCGGCAGCAAGUUGGUGUCGGAGGAGCUGCUGCUGGAAGUGAACGAGACCCCCGUGGCGGGGCUCACCAUCAGGGACGUGCUGGCCGUCAUCAAACACUGCAAGGACCCCCUCCGGCUCAAGUGUGUCAAGCAAGGAGGAAUCGUUGAUAAGGAUCUUCGUCACUACCUCAACUUACGAUUUCAGAAGGGGUCUGUUGACCAUGAACUUCAGCAAAUCAUUCGUGACAACCUCUACCUCCGCACAGUGCCGUGCACCACAAGGCCACAUAAGGAGGGUGAGGUCCCUGGAGUGGACUAUAUUUUCAUCACCGUUGAAGAUUUUAUGGAAUUGGAGAAAAGUGGUGCCCUCCUAGAAAGUGGGACUUAUGAAGACAAUUACUACGGUACCCCGAAGCCUCCAGCAGAACCAGCACCAUUAUUAUUAAAUGUAACAGACCAGAUACUUCCGGGAGCCACUCCAACUGCUGAAGGAAAACGGAAGAGGAAUAAGUCGGUGAGCAACAUGGAGAAAGCAAGUAUAGAGCCGCCCGAGGGGGAAGAGGAGGAGAGGCCUGUGGUCAAUGGGAACGGAGGAGGAGUGACACCAGAAUCCAGCGAACACGAAGACAAGGGUGCGGGAGCCUCGGGGGAGACGCCCUCCCAGCCUUACCCUGCACCAGUGUACAGUCAGCCGGAGGAGCUGAAGGAGCCCAUGGAUGAUGCAAAACCAACUAAACCUGAAGAGAAUGAGGAAUCAGACCCAUUGCCUGAUAACUGGGAAAUGGCCUAUACAGAGAAGGGCGAAGUCUACUUCAUCGACCAUAACACAAAGACAACAUCAUGGCUGGAUCCACGACUUGCGAAAAAGGCUAAACCUCCGGAAGAAUGCAAAGAAAAUGAGCUUCCGUAUGGCUGGGAAAAAAUCGAUGAUCCCAUAUAUGGCACUUAUUAUGUUGACCACAUAAAUAGAAGAACACAGUUUGAAAACCCUGUCCUGGAAGCAAAAAGAAAGCUACAGCAGCAUAACAUGCCCCACACAGAACUUGGAGGCAAGCCCCUGCAGGCCCCAGGUUUCCGAGAAAAACCACUCUUCACCCGGGAUGCAUCCCAGUUGAAGGGAACUUUCCUCAGCACCACCCUAAAAAAGAGCAACAUGGGUUUUGGAUUUACCAUCAUUGGUGGCGACGAGCCUGAUGAGUUCCUGCAGGUUAAGAGCGUCAUUCCAGACGGGCCCGCCGCACAGGACGGAAAGAUGGAGACAGGCGAUGUCAUUGUCUAUAUUAAUGAAGUGUGUGUCCUUGGACACACUCAUGCAGACGUAGUCAAACUUUUCCAGUCUGUUCCUAUUGGUCAGAGUGUCAACCUGGUUUUGUGUCGCGGCUACCCUUUGCCCUUUGAUCCUGAAGAUCCCGCUAACAGCAUGGUGCCACCCCUUGCAAUAAUGGAGAGGCCACCUCCCGUGAUGGUCAAUGGAAGACAUAACUAUGAAACCUAUUUGGAGUACAUUUCUCGGACCUCACAGUCGGUUCCAGAUAUAACAGAUCGGCCGCCUCAUUCUUUGCACUCAAUGCCAGCUGAUGGUCAGCUAGAUGGCACUUAUGCACCACCCGUCCAUGACGACAAUGUGUCUAUGGCUUCGUCUGGGGCCACCCAAGCUGAACUCAUGACCUUAACCAUUGUGAAAGGUGCCCAGGGCUUCGGCUUUACCCUUGCCGAUAGUCCUACAGGACAGCGGGUGAAACAAAUACUUGACAUUCAGGGAUGCCCUGGCCUGUGUGAAGGCGACCUCAUUGUCGAGAUCAACCAGCAGAAUGUACAGAAUCUGAGCCAUACAGAAGUAGUGGAUAUACUUAAGGACUGUCCCAUUGGAAGCGAGACUUCUUUGAUUAUCCAUCGAGGAGGUUUCUUUUCUCCAUGGAAAACUCCAAAGCCUAUGAUGGACCGAUGGGAGAAUCAAGGUAGUCCUCAGACAAGUUUGUCUGCUCCGGCCAUCCCGCAGAACUUGCCCUUCCCACCGGCCCUUCACCGGAGUUCCUUUCCUGACUCAACAGAGGCCUUUGACCCCCGGAAGCCUGACCCUUACGAGCUCUACGAGAAAUCUAGAGCCAUUUAUGAAAGUAGGCAACAAGUGCCACCAAGGACCAGUUUUCGAAUGGAUUCCUCUGGUCCAGAUUACAAGGAGCUGGAUGUUCACCUUCGCAGGAUGGAGUCUGGAUUUGGCUUCAGAAUCCUCGGGGGCGACGAGCCUGGGCAGCCUAUUCUGAUUGGAGCCGUCAUUGCCAUGGGCUCUGCCGACAGAGAUGGCCGCCUACACCCAGGAGACGAGCUCGUCUACGUGGACGGGAUCCCAGUUGCUGGCAAGACCCACCGCUAUGUCAUCGACCUUAUGCACCACGCGGCCCGGAAUGGGCAGGUCAACCUCACUGUGAGAAGAAAGGUGCUAUGUGGAGGGGAGCCCUGCCCAGAGGACGGGAGGAGUCCAGGCUCCGUGUCAACCCACCACAGCUCUCCACGGAGUGACUACGCAACCUAUGCCAACAGCAACCACGCCGCCCCCAGUAGCAACGCCUCUCCUCCUGAAGGCUUCGCCUCCCACAGCCUGCAGACCAGCGAUGUGGUCAUUCACCGCAAAGAGAACGAAGGCUUUGGCUUUGUCAUCAUCAGCUCCCUGAACAGGCCUGAGUCUGGAUCCACUAUCACUGUGCCCCAUAAGAUCGGACGCAUCAUUGAUGGGAGUCCUGCAGAUCGCUGUGCAAAACUGAAAGUGGGAGACCGGAUCUUAGCAGUGAAUGGCCAGUCUAUUAUCAACAUGCCUCACGCGGACAUCGUGAAGCUCAUCAAGGAUGCGGGCCUCAGUGUGACCCUUCGCAUCAUUCCUCAGGAGGAGCUCAACAGCCCAGCCUCGGCGCCCAGUUCGGAGAAGCAGAGCCCCAUGGCGCAGCAGCACAGCCCCUCGGCCCAGCAGAGCCCCCUGGCCCAGCCAAGCCCGGCCACCCCCAACAGUCCGGUCGCCCAGCCAGCUCCUCCUCAGCCACUUCAGCUGCAAGGACAUGAAAAUAGUUACAGGUCCGAAGUAAAAGCGAGGCAAGAUGUGAAACCAGACAUCCGACAGCCUCCGUUCACCGACUACAGGCAGCCCCCACUGGACUACCAGCAGCCGCCGCCCUUGGACUACAGGCACCCUCCCCUGCUGGACUACAGGCAGCACUCCCCCGACACCAGGCAGUACCCUCUGUCAGACUACCGGCAGCCCCAGGAUUUUGACUAUUUCACUGUGGACAUGGAGAAAGGAGCCAAAGGAUUUGGAUUCAGCAUUCGUGGAGGAAGGGAGUACAAAAUGGAUUUGUACGUGUUGAGAUUGGCAGAGGAUGGGCCAGCCAUAAGGAAUGGGAGGAUGAGGGUCGGAGAUCAAAUCAUUGAAAUCAAUGGGGAGAGCACAAGAGACAUGACGCACGCCAGAGCCAUAGAACUCAUCAAAUCAGGGGGAAGAAGAGUAAGGCUGCUGCUGAAGCGCGGGACGGGGCAGGUCCCGGAGUAUGACGACCCCGGCGCCCGGAGCCCUGCCGCCGCCGCCGGCCCCGCUCUGCCGCAAGUAGGCGCCGCGCCCGACGACGGCCUCUCGCCGCCCUCGCCGCCCGCCGCGCCCCCGCAGACCAGCCCGGGCCCGGCGGGGGACAGCAAGAGGGAGCACGACGCGAGGAAGCCAAAGCAGCGCGCGGCCGGCGGCCAGAAGAAGCAGCGCCUCGGGGAGCAGAGGGAGCGCUCGGCCAGCCCGCAGCGGGCGGCGCGGCCGCGGCUCGAGGAGGCGCCCGGCGGCCAGGCCCGACCCGAGCCCGGCAGGGCGCCCCCCGGCGGCCAGGAGCGGCCCCGCGCCGCGGCGGGCCCCGAGCUCGGCCGGCGCCAGGGCCCCGGGGCGGCGGCCGCGUGCGCGGAGCGGCCGGGCGCGCGCGAGCCCGAGGGCAGGGGCGCGCGCGCGGGGCCCCGGCAGGGCGCGCGGCCUCCGGGGGGCGCACCGGCGCGCAGGGCGGCCGUGGCCCCGGGGCCCUGGCGCGUGCCCGGCUCCGACCGGCUGCCCGGGGGCCUCCAGCCCGGCGCCUCGGCCGCGGGCCGGUGAGAUGCGCGCGCGCGCGCGCACCCGCCGCGCUCCUCGCGCCCCUCGCGCCCCUCGCGCCCCGCCUGCCUGCCAGCGUCUUAAUUUAUUGUCCCUGUCGCACGCCUACAUCCACGAGGCCCCGAGGCCUGCGAGCGCCGCCCGAAGCCCCGCGGGUCCGCCGAGCGCGGGCCGUGCAGCGUCCCCGCGCAGACCCAGACUGACCCUGAAGCCCCCGGGCCCGUGCGGGGCUUUGGCAGCUACGGAAGAACCAAAAUAACGUGAACAUCGUCACAGAGAGACAGUGCAGUGUAGCUUUAGUAAAAAGAGAGAGAGAGAAAAAACAAAUUCCCCCACUGCAUGAAGGCUUUGGAUGUCAUCCAAACUUUGUAUCAAGAAACUGGACACGUUAAGAGCAAUCAGAAACUGGAAUAUCGCCUUAAAAAUCAAACUGCACGGAGCAAGCUGAAACGGAGACAAGAUUCUAUCUUUUAAUUGAUCUAAAGAGUUGUAAAUAAAUUGUUCUUGACAUAUCUAGACAGGGGUUACAAGGUUUCUUUGAAACAUUCAAAACUGUGUUUGCCCAUGACAGGUUUCCAUGGCUCACCCGGGGCAUCCAUCACCGUGUUAGGAACGUCGUUCCCUGGGAACGCAGGGUGACUUAGCAAUCUCGUGAAUUCAUUGGUGUGAUGCCAUUUUUACUGCCAUUCCUGUGAUCAAGUCAUGUUUCUGUACAUUUUCAGUGGUAGGAAAAAAAAAAAAGAGGUUUCAAAAAUUGUAUCCUAGAGAACAGUUUGCCGUAAGUCAGAAUUUUGCAGUUUAGCUCAUAGAUCUUAAUUGGUUUUCAUCUAAAACAUGAAUUUUAUAAUUGAAGGACCACGGUUUGUUGAAUUGAGAUUGGCAACGCUGCAGCGCCUCUAUGGAAAGGCUCUCCUGUUGUCUCAUGCUGGCAGACCUCGUAGCUUUUUUGACAGCACGCUUAUAUUUCACCUAUUUUAUUGUCUUUUUUUAAACCCACUUCCAUUACUUCAUUUUCACUUUGAUAGAGCAGAGGCAAAGUAUUUCUCCUAUAUUUCUCAGAUUAUAAUGAAUCCCUAAUAUUGAAAAAUCAUUAUGAUGACCAAUUUAUUUUCAUUAAAGAACAUGAACCUUUUUAGCAUUGUGCUGCUUAUCUUUCUUAUUCUUUCUCCUUUUAUUUCCAUUUGGUUUGCUUUUUUGUCUUCUAUUCUUUGCUAGGUUUUUUUUUUUUUUUUUUUAUUUCUUUAGCAACCUGUAGAUGUUUCUGUCUAUCUUCCUCCAUCUGCGGUGGAUUGCCUAGUAAAAGUCUAAGGCUUGCCUUUCUUCCUUGCUGUUUUAAUAUUUCUUUGUGAAAUGUUACCUUCAAUUAAUUACCCAAUGGUACUUAGUGGUAGCUACAUGUAUUAAAAGGCAAAAUGUUUCUGAGGGCAGUUUCCCUUUAAGAUGGCCUGGAUGACCCAUGCUUCAUCCUUCCCAGAUUCUGCUCCUUUCCAAUGUGGAAAUGCAGGUAACCCUCGCCUCCCUGCACCUGCCGUCCAAUGAGUAAACCCAGGAGGUCGGGUCCAGUGCACAAAGUCACACGUAACAGCUGCCCUCGGUCACAUCUUCCCUUCUCUGUGUAAUUGCAGUAUCCCGAGCACUGGCCCUUUAAUUUCCAUCGGGCGUGGUUCAGUCAUUUGACGCGAGGAGAAUACAGUUGAAAGCUUCCAGUGAAGAGUUUCGCAGCUUGUAAAAGCAAUUUCCAAAAGGGGAACCCAUCCGGCAUAAACAAAAGCACAAACACACGUAGCAGUUGACAAUACUUUUAGUUUAAUCUCAAUUAGUCUUUCUCCCCUGGACUAGAAAUCCAGUAGAGUUUGCCAUUAAUUUAUUGAAUCUGGUUUUGGACAAUGCUUCUGUAGUGUAGCUGCACGUCCUGGUACUGUAUCCUCUGACCUUUAUUUUCCAUGUGUUACAAAAGGAUAAAAAAAUUGAGAUUACGCUUGCAUAAACUCUGAUUUGCACAGUCCGCAGCUACCAUUUGUGCAGUAAUUGCUUUAUGCGGCUGUAAUCCAUAACCUGUGAAGACAGCACAUCAUCUAAAUGCCAUUCCAAAUAAUAUUUCUGUGUAGUGUUAGCUGUGAAUUUACCCUGUACAGCUGUAUCUCUAUAAAUAUAAUUCCAUGUAUUAAUAGUCACAGAAAGACUGUAAGUGAGCAACUAUUUUUAUGAAACGCACCACUAUGGAUAAAUUAACUUUUACAGAAAUCUUGUUUACUGUAUGAUAUUCUAAAACACUGUCAAAUAAAAUAUAUAUCCAAAAAUCUUUUCUUUUUCCAACUAUA